AUGUAACCUCUGACAUUGUACUAAAAGUGCACUAAAGCUUGCUAAUAUAUGUAUGCAUGUGUGUGCAUAAUAGACAAGGUACUUGUGUCAACACAAGUACGUGCCGCCUUUAGGUGAUUAAUUUAUCAGUAACGUGCCAUCGGUUUGGGCCAAUUAUCUAGUCCAGUCCGGCGUUCGACAGCCAUUAGGCGUUAAUACUUUCAAAAGGAAGUGGCAUAAAUGCUUGACCAUUGAGCAAUAAUCAAGCUAAAAUGUAUCGUGGAGCUCUAAACUUGGCCAAAAUACUCGAACUUAAGCCAAGACAAAUUUCGAAAAUACUCAACACACCGUCCCGCCAAUUGCUAAGUCGCCAGAUCAUCAUGGGAUCUAUAAACUGCAAGGAAUACAAAACCACGGGUAGUACCCCCAAAAAUACCCAAUCGCAAGGUGGUACCGUCGGCUCUUACCAAUCCAAGUGCAACAAUCCAGCCAUGGCCACUACAACGUCCACGAGACCCUCGUCCAGCGAUGCUGUCGCGGAGUACACGGAAGCCGUGACGGUCGAAUGCAAGAUCACCGACCUGAAGGACAACGAGAUGCGACAGGUGGACUUCGAUGAGGACACCCGCGUCCUGCUGGUCAAGCAGAACGGUCGCCUGCAGGCCGUGGGCUCCAAGUGCACCCACUACGGAGCGCCCCUGAACACUGGAGCCCUGGGAUUGGGUCGUGUUCGCUGUCCCUGGCACGGAGCCUGCUUCAAUCUGGAGACGGGCGACAUUGAGGACUUCCCCGGCCUGGACUCGCUGCCCUGCUACCGUGUGGAGCUGGGCGACGAGGGUCAGGUGAUGUUGCGGGCCAAGAAGUCCGAUCUGGCCAAGAGCAAGCGGCUCAAGAACAUGGUUCGCCGCAAACCGGAAGACCAACGGGUGUUCAUCGUGGUUGGCGGCGGCCCGUCCGGGGCUGUGGCCGUGGAAACGAUCCGUCAGGAGGGCUUCACCGGACGGCUGGUCUUCAUCUGCAAGGAGGACUAUCUGCCCUACGAUCGUGUCAAGAUCUCCAAGGCCAUGAUGCUGGACAUCGACCAGCUGCGCUUCAGGGACGAGCAGUUCUACAAGGAUCACGACAUCGAAGUGUGGCUGGGAGUGUCGGCCGAUAAACUGGACACGGCUCAGAAGGAGCUGCACUGCAGCAACGGCUAUGUGGUGAAGUACGACAAGAUCUACCUGGCCACCGGAUGCACGCCCUUUCGGCCGCCCAUUCCGGGCGUGAAUCUGGAGAAUGUGUGCACCGUGCGCGAGCUGGCCGACACCAAGGCCAUCUACGAGACAGUCACUCCCGAGACCCGGGUGGUCUGCCUCGGUUCGAGCUUCAUAUCGAUGGAGGCGGCCGCCGGUCUGGUGUCCAAGGCGGCCAGCGUUACGCUGGUGGCGCGGGAGAACGUGCCCUUCAAGGCAUCCUUCGGCCAGGAGAUCGGCGAGCGAGUUCUGAAGCUCUACAAGGACAGCAAUGUGGACAUGCGCAUGGAGAGCGGCAUUGCCGAGAUCAUCGGAAACGAGGCCGGCAAGGUGACCGAGGUGGAGCUGGUGGAUGGCACUCGGCUGCCCUGCGACCUGCUCAUCCUGGGCACUGGAUCCAAGCUCAAUACCCAGUUCUUGGCCAAAUCCGGCGUGAAAGUCAACAAGAACGGCUCCGUGGAUGUCACCGACUUCCUGGAGUCCAAUGUCCCGGAUGUCUAUGUGGGCGGCGACAUCGCCAAUGCCCACAUCCUGGGUCUGGCCCACGAUCGCGUCAAUAUCGGGCAUUACCAGCUGGCCCAGUACCACGGCCGGGUGGCGGCCAUCAAUAUGUGCGGUGGCGUCAAGAAACUGGAGGCUGUUCCCUUCUUCUUCACCAUGAUCUUCGGCAAGGGCAUCCGGUAUGCCGGUCACGGUGCCUACAGCCAGGUCAUCAUCGACGGCGACAUGGAGGAGUUGAAGUUCGUGGCCUAUUUCGUCAACGAUGCUGCCACCGUCACUGCAGUGGCCUCCUGCGGUCGGGAUCCGGUUGUCGCUCAGUUUGCUGAACUCAUCUCGCAGGGCAAGUGCCUGGGACUGGACCAGAUCAGCGAUCCAGCCACCCGUCAGGACUGGACCAAGAAGCUUGCCGAACCACUGCCCACAGUCCUGUAGGACUCUCCAGAAGAUUAAUCCCUAAGAUUUGUUGUUAUUAUACCAUACAUACAUAUAUAUUUUCAUGCAAUCGUUGAGUAUUCAGUAUACAUAUAUACACAUAUAUAUAUAGAUAUAUAUAGAUAUAUUUAUGCAAGUGUGUAUAUUAAAUUUUAAAUGUAAUUGGUGGGUUUUCCUGCAGGCCAGUCGCCAGGUAUUCUAUUAACUUUUUUUUUCAAUUAAAUUGAAUUUUUUAAUAUU